AUGUCCUGCUUUGGUUGCGGAAAAAGGUAUGGACUCUUCACUAAAGAGCACGGUUGUCCUAAUUGUGGCUACUCUUAUUGCUUAAAAUGCCUGAAACGACCAAUGCCAGUACCGCGACACGGUGGCAAAGUAUUGAACGUUUGUCUAAUAUGCUAUGACAAACUCUCAAAACUGCAACCAACUGAAAAGGUCGUUGACAUCGAUGCCUUGCCUGGUGUGCUCGUGACCAAGUCCACCGCGAAAAGGAGUACCGAUCCUCUAGUAGUGGCAGCUGCAGCUUUGCUAGAAGAUGAUCCGCCCCCUGAUUUAGGUGAAGUGCUGGCACCUAUUGCAAGCUCCACAUCGGCGGCUUCGGUUACACAUUCCAAUACAGUGGAUGCUGAUAUCGAUGGCAACCUUGAUAAUGUGAUUUCAAAACGAUUGAAAGACCUGAAAACAAUUGAAAAUUCUGGAACAGAUGAUGAGAUACGCGCACGGCUUGGGAAUUUAAAUGGCAUGCCCCACAAAGAUUACUCCAAAAAAGACUUACUUCUCUCUACAGACGAACGUACGGAUCAACAAAAAAUGCACGACCUGUUAGAGCAAUUUAUGGGUGAAACACAAAUUGAUAAGAAGGUAGAAAAUGAACGCGAUGACGCCAUAUCAGAUAUUGAACGCCGGUUGAGAGCAUUAAGGGAACACCCGGUGGAUGAUGCGUUGAGAUCCAAUCUAGGAACGGGUCAAAAAGGCAACUCACCGGACACAAAUACGCCUAGUGAUAAUGAAGAUGAUGAAACGGUUUUGAAAGCUGUUAUGGAAAAGUAUUUAACGGACGCGCGUUUGCCAGCACCGCCCACAGAUUUAGAAACUGAACUGGCUGCUAGUGUACCGCCACCACCAGAUGGAACACGUCCUAGCGAUUUCGAAGAGUUGCCAUGGUGCAAUAUCUGCAACGAAGAUGCAGCAUACCGUUGCAAAGGCUGCGAUGGGGAACUAUUUUGUACACAAUGUUUUCGCGAGUGUCACGACGACGACGAAGAGUAUCGUGCACACGAAAAAAUGGCAUACUCAGCCCCGCCAAAAUUUAAGGAAAAUCAUUUUUAGGAAAAUGCGGCGCAAUGCAACAGUAACUCAACCAAAUCACGUGAAUAUCUAUAUAUUCGUACUUUACUUUGAUACAACAUACAUAUAUUUAGAUGAACUCUUUAACAUUAGCAAAAUAAUGAGGAAUACAAAAUAAGAAGUAUUACAAACUUUUAAACAACGAA